ACAUCAUAAUUUUCUUGGAAGAAAUCAAACUUCAGUCUUCAUAUAAUGAACGUCUUCGAGUGAGUCUUCUACACAUCUAAAUAUUUAAAUAAUUACUCGCUGAAUAAUAAAUAAGCAUCGCAAAACUUGUAAUUACAAACAAGUUUAUCAGCUCAUCAUGUUUACAGAAAUUACAAUCAAAUUAUUGCUUCGCGCUCCGACAUUUUUCAAAUUUCCACAAUCGAUCAGAAUCUUUCUGAUCGUCAC